UUUCACUAUGGCUGCAUCGGGGAAAUUUCUUUUUGAAGAGGAUCUUGGCUGUGCCAUCUGUUUGGAAUUGUUCUCAGAUCCUGUUACAAUUCCCUGUGGACAUAACUUCUGUAUGAACUGCAUCAAGACCUACUGGGAUAAAGAGAAAUCCCACACCUGCCCUGAAUGUCAGGUGAGCUUUCUUCACAAGCCUCUCCUUUGCAAGAACAUUGCCCUAUGUGAGGUGGUGGAAAAGGUUUCCAAACCAGAGACGGUAGCUUCUCAAGAGACAUGCGUUGACCCAGAUGAUGCUGUGUGUGAUUUUUGUGUUAAACUGAAGAUUAAGGCUACUAAGUCCUGUUUAGAUUGCAAGGCAUCAUUCUGUGAUAAUCACGUCAGGCCUCAUCAGGUAAAUGCUGCAUUGCGCCAUCACAAGCUGGUAGAUGCCAUCAAAAACAUGGAGAACCGAGAAUGCAAGAGACACAAUAGACCACUAGAACUGUUCUGCAGAAGUGAUGAGAUUUUUGUCUGCUGCAUUUGUAUAGUUCAAGAACACAGCGAGCACAUGGUCGUAACUGCAGAGCAGGAGAGAGUAAGGCAGCAGGAAAAGCUGUUAGGUAAAGAGAAAACAUUGAUGAACCUUGUAAAAAUAACUGAAAAUGAGAUUGGAGACUUGCGGAAGCAAACCGAGUCAAUUAAAAACACAGUAGUCACUGUGCAAAAUGACAUUGCUGCCAAGUUCAAGGAAUUGGUCCAAGACAUUGUAAAAGCAAAUACUACUGUAGCUCAAGUAAUAGAGAAAGAGAAAGAAGCAGUGCUGACUAAAACUGAAGAAGCCAUUGUCAAAAAGGAACAGAAAUGUGAUGUGUUGAGAAAGAAGAAACUUCAGCUGGAACAACUUUCAGGUAUUAAUGACAAUUUCAAAUUCCUGCAGGAGAUUAAAGCUUUAAACAAUGAUCAUGAAAAGGCUUCAUUGCAAGUCACCUGUGACUUAAGUUUCAGUUUGGUUGGUUUAAGACAGGUUGUAGUUAAACUCAAGGAUCAACUGGAGAGUAAAUGCAAUGAAAUUGUUGAAAACCUAGGCACCGAAGUGACAGGAUUGGGGCAGCUUUGGCCAAGGCCACCAGAAUCAAAGUCUCGGAAGGAGCUUCUCAUGCACUUCCGUCAAUUAACGUUUGAGUCAAAGACAGCGCACAAGUGCCUUGCCCUGACCAAGGGGAACCGUAAGGUGACAAACAUCUGGCCAGAGGAAGUUUAUGAUGUUGAUCACUCUGAGCGGUUUGAUUGUUGCUGGCAAGUAUUGUGUGCAGAAAAGUUGGAUAAAGGUUCCCAUUAUUGGGAAGUUAAAAUCAGUGAAGGGAGCUGUGUCGGUGUGACAUAUAAAAGCAUAAAAAGAAAAGGACAAGACAACUCAUGUUUCAUCGGGAAGAAUGACCAUUCUUGGGGUAUUCAGGUAUACAGAACUCAUUGCUCAGCAUGGCACGACUGUGCAGAAGUUAAAACAAAGUCAGAGAAAUAUGAACAAAUUGGUGUGUACUUAAACUAUUCUGAUGGAAAUCUCUCAUUUUAUGCUAUCACUGACAAAGUUACAUUAAUAUACAAAUUCCAGGCUGUGUUCACAGAGCCAUUGUAUCCAGCUUUUAGACUUAUAAAUAGUCAGUCGUUUUGCUGCAUUUCUGACUGAACUGGGCAAUGGAUUAUUUUAGUAAGGCACGGGGGAACAUUUCAACAUCAAAACAAGACAUUCACUCAUUAAAAUUGGAUAAAGAUGCAUUUUUACCAAGUUAUGGAGUUCAUCGGAGGUUAAACUGGUGAUGCAGCAGGUGCUAGACAGAGGUAAGCGAUUGCACAAUCAAUGGAUUUGUUCUAAAUUCUCAUGUCCUGCCACAUCCAGUGGUCAAUGGACAAUGAUCAUUGACAAUUAAACAAUUCACUGGAAGAGGAGGCUCCAGGAAUAUCCCCAGAUUCAAUUGUGGAGGAGUCCAGCACAUCAGUAAAAACAAAGAUAAUGCUGUAGCAUUUUCAAUAUUCUUCAGCUAGUGGUGCCAACUUCACAGCUGCUACUCUUCAGCCAAUUCAAUUCACUCCACAUGAUAUCAUGUGGAGGACUGGAAGCUCUGGAUACUGAAGAGGCUUUGGGCCCCAACAACAUUCCGGGAAUAAUACUGAAGACAUGUGCUCCAGAACUAGCUGCGUCACUAACCAAGCUGUCUUUUCUCAGUACAGUUACAUUACUAGCAUCUCCCUGAUUACAUAGAAAAUUCUCCAUCGUUGAUUUUUUUAAAGUGUUUCAGAUACCAGCGUAUGUAAUUUCAAAAACAUCUAGUAUAUUCGGGUCCAAAAUAAAUCUUUUGAAAGGGAUAGCAAGAACUGCAGAUGCUGGAGUCAGCAUUAACAGUGUGGAGCUGGAGGAACACAGCAGGCCAGGCAGCAUCAGAGGAGCAGGAAAAUUGACGUUUCGGGUCGGGACUCUUCUUCAGAGAGAAAAAAUCUUUUGAAAACUCUGUUAAAUUUAAUUGAUAGAAUUUUAUGAAUGACACCUGGUGUACUUUAAGAUGAUGAAUGCCAGAGGCUAACUCUGUGCUGCACUAGCAGAUGCCUCAUCAUUGUGGUCUAUAUUUUUAGGUGCAGUUGUUUUCUAGUCUUUGACUCCCUUUCCAAAAAGAAAGUUGGAAGGCAUGCAAGAUGAUGAAAUUAAUUGAAUGAUUUUACCACUGAUUUAGUUACAGGGCAGAGCCUGGAGAGAGCGCGAUUUGAAAAAAAUAUAUAAUAGUAUUCAUUUCAAAAUGUUCUUUCUGUUUAAAAUGAUGGGUGAAUAGUAAACUGUGGUUUGCCCACAAUUCACUACGGUUAGAAAUAUAAGGGUUGGAUUCUUUCCAAUGAGGCAAAUUGCUGUCCAUGUAAGGAAGCUGCAUUAUUUAAUCUCCCGAACCAUUCCCCAGAUAGCCUAAAGACCCUGGUGCAAAUGAAAAUGCAGCAGCAAACGUUUUGGUCUUCUGUGGUCUGCAGCAUUGGAUUCAGCCCAUAACACCUCAGUAUUUUUUGCUUGCCAGUUACAAUCAGUAGCCUGAAGGUCCCCAGGGUUCAAAAGCAAACAAAGAACUGUGGAUGCUGGAAAUCUGAAAUUUCUGGAGAACUCAGCAGGUCUGACAGCGUCUGUGGAGAGAAA